CUAUCAUUAGCCUUCUCAGAGUCAGAGCUAUAACAGCUGCGACGGGGUUUCUUCUAGGUUUCCUUCCUCUCGUUGACUUAGUUUGCGAUUCUUCGUAUUCCCUGGUUUAACAUGGCGCGAAAACGUAAGAAUCCUUCUUCUGAGGACGAGAAUUCCGGUUCCGGUUCCGGUUCUGGGUCUAGGGCGAAAAGAAGAUCCAAGGCGGCAGUGGCGGUGGCAGAUGAGCCGAUUCUGGUGGAUGGUUCCGAGAAAGAGACUACGGCGAGGUUUCUAGGUGAGCCCAUCGCUGAUUCGGAGGCUAGGCUUACUUGGCCCAACAGAUACAACAAACAAGUAAUCAUCGAGGAAAAGAAACCGUCAAAGAACAACCACAAGGAUGAUUUGGAGGAGGAGAUCAUUCUGGCUCGACGCCAUUAUACGCGAGCAAUCGUUGAUGAGGGCCAAAUAUUUGAGCUCAAUGAUUUUGCAUAUGUGCAGGCUGACAUACCAUAUUAUGCACUAGCUGAACCUCUUUUGAUUGUCUUUAUGAAGCUUGCUGGUAUGGGAGAAAAGCCUUUCAUUUGCAAGAUAAUUGAAAUGUUUGAAGGCCUUGACGGCAACUUCUACUUCACAGCUCAGUGGUUCUACAGAGCUUGUGAUACUGUGAUCGACAGACACAGUGGUCUGAUCGACGAUCAACGUAUAUUUUUCUCUGAGAUCAGAAAUACAAACGAGCUGCACCUUCUUCUCAAGAAAUUGAAAAUUCUGAUGAUUUCAUCAACUGAAAAUACUGAGGAGAUUGUAGCUUUUAAGAAAAACUGCGAUUACUACUGCGACAUGCACUAUCGCCUACCUUACUCAGCAUUCGAAGUUUUACAACCAAAAGCCGAGAUGACCUCUAGUGAAACAGAAGAGAAGGAAGCCACAUUGCUGGAUUUGUAUUGUGGUUGUGGAGCUAUGUCAAGUGGCAUGUGCAUGGGAGCUCAGAUGUCAGGGCUGAAACUUGUCACCAAAUGGGCUGUUGACAUGAACACGUAUGCAUGUGAAAGCUUUAGACAUAACCACCCGGAAACAGAAGUAAGAAACAUGGCCGCAGGAGACUUUUUGUUCCUGCUUCAGGAGUGGGAGAAAUUAUGCUUUCAUUUCUCUCUGAGAGAAUGUCCAAAUUCAGAAGAUUACAGCAACCUUUAUGGGUUGUCUAGUGUUGAGGAGGAAGAAGAGGAAGAAGAUGGCAGCAAUGAGAGUGAAGAUGAAGGUGAUGAAGAGAUUUUUGAAGUUGAAAAGAUACUUGAUAUAGUCUAUGGAGAUCCUAAGAAGAUAGAGAAAAAUGGACUUUAUUUGAAGGUACAGUGGCAGAAUUAUGGGCCUUCCCAUGAUACUUGGGAGCCUAUCGAAGGGCUUAGCAACUGCCGUGAGAAAAUCAAGGAGUUUGUUGUGCAUGGAUAUAAAACAAGCAUCCUUCCCUUACCAGGAUGUGUUGAUGUUGUCUGUGGAGGACCUCCCUGCCAAGGUAUAAGCGGUUUCAACAGAUUCAGGAACACAAAAGAUCCCCUAGCAGAUGAGAAGAACAAGCAGCUUGAGGUUUACAUGAAAAUUGUGGAGUUUCUUAAACCCAAAUAUGUGUUAAUGGAGAAUGUCGUAGACAUGCUUAAGUUCGUUGGUGGCUAUCUUGCGCGCUAUGCUGUGGGACGGCUUGUCCAAAUGAAUUACCAGACACGGAUGGGAAUGAUGGCUGCAGGGGCAUAUGGUCUUGCUCAGUACCGCAUGCGGUUCUUCUUAUGGGGUGCACAGUCUAGCGAGAGGCUUCCUCAGUUCCCAUUACCAACUCAUGAUGUUGUCAAGAGAGGAGGUUUUCCUACGCAGUUUUGGAGAAACGUUGUGGCCUAUGAUGAAAAUCACAAUGUGAAGCUGGGAGAUAAGCUCCUACUCUCAGAUGUGAUUAGCGACCUUCCAGCUGUUACAAACAGUGAGACAAACGAGGAGAUGCAAUAUGACAAAGAUCCUAAAACGCCAUUUCAACAAUUUAUCAGAUUAAGGAAAGAUGGAAUCUUAGGUUCAUCGACAAUGCUGAAGUCAGAGUCCACAAAGGAUAUGUUGUACGAUCACCAACCUCUGAAUCUUAACAAAGAUGAUUAUCAACGUGUCUGUAGGAUUCCCAAGAAGAAGGGAGCGAAUUUCAGGGACUUACCUGGUGUAAAGGUUGGAGUUGAUAACAAAGUUGAAUGGGAUCCUGACAUCCCCAGGGUCUAUCUUGAGUCCCAAAGCCCAUUGGUUCCAGAUUAUGCCAUGACAUUUGUCGAUGGAACAUCUACGAAACCCUUUGGACGUCUUUGGUGGGACGAAACUGUGCCAACUGUUGUCACAAGGGCAGAACCGCACAACCAGGUGAUAAUUCACCCAAACCAAGACCGUGUCUUAACUGUUCGUGAAAACGCAAGACUACAAGGCUUCCCCGAUUACUACAAACUAUUUGGCCCUACGAAGGAAAAGUACAUACAAGUGGGGAAUGCGGUUGCAGUACCAGUUGGUAGGGCUCUUGGAUAUGCGUUAGGACAAGCUUUCCAAGGUCUCACAACUGGCACUUCUCCACUCCUUACUCUCCCCGAUGGUUUCCCGAACUUGGUGCAGCAAAAUCUUCCUUCUGAAUCGUUGGAGAAGGAACGAAAGAUGGCGGUUGCUGCUCUAGGUCAGUUGAAUCUCGAGGAGUCUCCGCCGAUUUGGGGAUCUCGUAGCGUCGAUUGCUUCCAGAAGCUACAACAGAUUGGCCAAGGAACUUACGGUGAAGUUUACAUGGCUAGAGAGAUCGAAACUGGUGAAAUCGUGGCUCUGAAAAAGAUCCGUAUGGAAAAUGAAAGAGAAGGGUACGUAGAUAAUAACAAAUACAAGGGUGAAAUCUACAUGGUGUUUGAGUACAUGGAUCAUGACUUGGCUGGACUUACUGAUCGACAUGGACUGAGAUUUACGUCUCCUCAGAUCAAGUGCUACAUGAAGCAACUCCUCACUGGGCUUCACUUUUGUCAUGUGAAUCAAGUGCUUCACCGUGAUAUUAAAGGUUCGAAUCUCCUUAUUGACAAUGAGGGAAAUCUAAAGCUUGCGGGUUUUGGAGAUGCACGGUCGUUUUCUCUUGAGUAUACUAGAUGUUUAACAAACAAGGUCAUCACAUUGUGGUAUAGGCCCCCUGAAUUGCUUCUUGGUGCAAAGAAAUAUGAUCACGCGGUUGACAUGUGGUCGGUUGGUUGCAUAUUUGCUGAACUUUUGAAUGGAAAACCAAUCUUGCCUGGCAACACUGUGAGUGACCAAUUGAACAAGAUUUAUGAGCUGUGUGGAUCACCUGAUGAAAAAAGUUGGCCUGGAGUCUCCAAGAUGCCUUGGUAUAACCGAUUUAAACCGUCUCGGCCUCUCAAGAGACGCGUAAUAGAGACGUACAGACACUUUGAUGCUCAUGCUCUUGAGCUGCUGGAGUAUAUGUUGGUGCUGGACCCGUCACAGAGAAUUUCUGCAAAGGAUGCUCUUGAUUCUGAUUACUUUUGGAGUUACCCGUUACCAAGUGAUCCAAAGAGCCUGCCUUCAUAUGAAUCAUCGCAUGAGUUCCAGAUCGAGAAAGCACGGAGACAAGGGAAAGCUUUAAAAAAACAGAAUCUGUGUCUGCAUCUGCGUUGAUGUACAGUAUAGUCUUGAGAUGAGGGUGAUACCUAGGCAUAUAGUUUUGCAGGUUUUUAAGAGACAAGAGAUUGGUGAUGAAGAAGAAGAGGAAGGAGAGUAGUUUGUUUGAGAUUACUGAGAAGGACUUUUUGGACAUACAUAAUCGCACUUGUUGUUAUUGAUUUUGACUUGUAUCCUUUGUUGGUGUUAAUUGAAAGUAGGUAUGUG